AUGCAGCGAGAGUAUGAAGCACUGCUGGAAGAAGAAAGGACAAAGAAAUCCCAAGUUUUGAUUGAAAAUGCAACUAUACUCUCACAAAUAUCCAAAGUCGGUAGUAUAGUCAGGGAAGCGUACGAUGCACAAAUCGAUAUAGAUACAGAUAUUCUAGUGGAAAGUUUAUGCAUAGAAAAUCAAGAGUUGAGACAAAUGCUAGGAAUUGCGAAUGGAACCGAAUUACCGGAAGAGAAACUUGAUCCAUCGGCAACAAUGGUGAAACACAUAUUAAAAACAGACGCAUCUAGCAAUAAUGAUAUUACCGAGAAUACAAGUCAAGGGAAUUAA